AUGGCGAGCGCUCCUCCGGCCGGCGUCGAUAGGGCUGAGUUGCCCAUCCGCUCGCAAUCCGUCCGCACUCCUCGGCGACCUCCUACAUCCUCGCGACCCGAGCCCCUCCCGCGAUCCGAAUCAUCCACAAGAGCCGAAUCUUCACGUCCACACCGCCGCCCCAGUCAGAGAUCCACGAGCACGGCCGCGCCGUCACCUCGGCACCCCCAGGAGUCAGACAUGCCGCCGCCUGCUCCCCCUUCUUCGGCUACGCAUACAUACAAUCAAGCCGACGAUCCCGGUAUUCAGCGCACCAGCAAGCAUAGAUACCGUACCGUCAUUCCUGCUCCAUCUGGAAACUAUGCCUUCAUCAAAACCAUUGGCCAGGGAAGCAUGGGCAAGGUCAAGCUUGCCAAGAAGGAGGGUACUGGCGAACUGGUUGCUUGCAAGAUCAUCGAGAGAGUCUCCCCUGACGAUGGACGUACAAGCAAGGAGGAGCGGGAGAAGGCCGAUGCUGCCAGGGAGGACCGCAAUGCGCGCGAGGCGGCCAUUGUGAGCUUGCUGCAUCACCAGUACAUUUGUGCGUUGCGCGAUAACCUGCGCACAAGAUGGCACUGGUAUAUGCUCUUUGAAUAUGUCAACGGCGGGCAAAUGCUGGACUACAUCAUCUCGCACGGGAAGCUUAAGGAGAAACAGGCCCGCAAGUUUGCCCGGCAGAUUGCCAGCGCCGUUGACUACUGCCACCGCAACAGCAUUGUUCACCGUGACCUCAAGAUCGAAAACAUCCUCAUCAGCAAGACCGGGGAUAUCAAGAUCAUCGACUUUGGCCUGAGCAAUCUGUUCUCGCCGGACGAGAACAGGAAGCUGAAGACGUAUUGUGGUAGUCUCUAUUUUGCUGCUCCUGAGCUGCUCCAGGCAAGGCCGUACACAGGGCCUGAAGUUGAUAUUUGGAGCUUUGGCGUCGUCUUGUUCGUCUUGGUCUGCGGUAAAGUUCCGUUUGAUGAUCAGUACAUGCCGGCGCUUCACCAGAAGAUCAAGAAGGGCCAUGUCGACUAUCCCAAUUGGCUGUCGAGCGAGUGCAAGCAUCUGAUCUCCCGAAUGCUGGUGACGGACCCGAAGCAACGCGCGACCAUGCAUGAGGUCAUGAAUCAUCCGUGGAUGGUUAAAGGCUACAACGGCCCACCCGAGAACUACAUGCCUUACCGCGAGCCUCUGAAGCUCCCUCUUGACGAUGAAGUCAUCAGACACAUGACUGGCUUUAAGUUUGGCCCUCCAGAGCAAAUUCGCGAGCAGUUGACCAACUUAAUCCUGUCGCCGAAGUAUCAGGCAGCCGCUCGUCGCUGGGAGAAGGAGAGAGAGCAGGCACAGUCCGUGACUAAGGAUGCAGAGAAGCGCCGUGGCUUCGGCUUCGAUUUUUACAAGAGGAGAAAUUCCAUCACCAGCAAGGAGACUCUGACAACCACAAGCUCAGAGGGUCUUGCUCUUGGAGAGGAUAUCCUCAACGCCUAUGACCCCUUGAUCUCCAUUUAUUACCUCGUGAAGGAGAAACUGGAACGCGAACGGCAGGCCCAGGCCCAGCAGCUAUCGGCGCCUCCUGCUGUGCAGCAGGUUCCAGCAUCUCCGCACCAAAGCCAUGCUCAUGUCCCUCCAUCUCCUGUCGUGCGGCCCAAGGAGAAGCACUCCAUGGCCGAGAUUGCUCCUCCGCAGCCAGCACACACUGAAGGCAGUGAUGGCAGGACGCGGCACCGGGCAAGGUCUCAUAGUGAGGACCAAGUCCGGGAGGCAGUCAACAACAGCCUUCUCACACCGGAAAUGAUCCCGCAGACUAAGAAGACGAGUGGUGGCGGUGGCAAUGGUCCCGUGUCACUCCUUCGCAGGCUCAGCACUCGCGAUAGGAGGCGAGAACCCGGCAACCCGGAGGGCCGGUCGGGCACCCUCAUUCAAAAGUCUGUUUCGAUGCGUGCCAAGUCCCUUGGUCAUGCGCGUAGGGAAAGUAUCCAGGCGCGUCGGGCUCGCAGGGAGGCCGAGGCACGCGAGCAACAGGCGCAAAAUCCCCAGUCACCCAUGCAUCAGCCGCCCUCUGUCCGCGAGGAGACGGAUGCCGAGCUGGUCAAUGCUGGUGUUGACGCCGGCGAGACGAGCGGUGGCUCGCACGACCGGCUGGGCAGCUCUUCGGAAGACCCGGACUUGGUCAGGCCGGUCUAUCUCAAGGGCAUCUUCAGCGUGUCGACCACGUCGACCAAGCCGCUGCCGCAGAUCCGCGCUGACAUCAAGCGCGUGCUUAGGAUGCUUGCCGUCGAGUUCACCGAGAUUAGGGGCGGCUUCAGCUGCACUUACCGGCCAAGCGUCAUCGUGCCCGGCGACCGGGACGUUGGCGAGCGGCGGAACUCAUUCCAGUUCUCGUCGCAGCAUGACGCGUCGAGGGAUCGGGAACGGGUCGCUGACGGUGAGAUCAAGUUUGAAAUCGUCAUUGUCAAGGUGCCCAUUGUCAGCUUGCAUGGCGUGCAGUUUAAGCGGGUUGGCGGUGAUACGUGGCAGUACAAGACGAUGGCAGGGCAGAUCGUGAAGGAACUGAGGCUGUGA